AUGGCUUGCACCCCCGGACACCCUAUCGCGCCAUCCACUCGCCCGCCCGCUUACGCGAUCCACCCCGUGUCCACCCCCGCCCAGGAUGCCGCCGAUCUGGCUGAGACAAUGAUGCGCGCCUUCUACCGGGAUCCGCACUGGGCCUCGCUCUGGAAGCCCCCGGCCACCCUGGACGACAUCAUCCGCGACUGCGAACGCCGGCUGCCCCGGAACCUGGUCACCGGCCGCGCCAAGCGCCAUCAGAAGGCCGUCGAGACGGCCACCGGUAAGGCCGUGGGCUACGCCCGUUGGAUUCUGCCGGGAGGAGCGGCUGCGGGCGAAGCAGGAGAAGAAGCCUGGGCGGCUGCAGCGGUGCCCGCAGUCGACGAGGCGACGCGACAGCACUUCGAGCAGCUGUUCGAGAGCGUCACCGACGACGGCAGCAUCCGCAACCUCGACGGCGCCAUGGUCGAAGAGCUGAGCGUGGCCAUCGAAGCUGCCGAGGAGCGCGUGCGGGGCCGUGGCGACGACUUUCUGACCCUCGACUACUUGGCCACGCAUCCCGACCACCAGCGACGCGGGGUGGGAAGCAUGCUCCUGCAGAGCGGCCUCGCCUACGCGGACGCGCAGUCUCUCAAGGUGCUGGUCGUGGCCAAAACACCGGGGGUGAGGCUGUACCAAGAUCACGGUUUCCGCGUCGUCGAGGUUGUGGAGCAGCAGCGGCCGCAGUACGGAUGGUCCGAGCCGUACACGUCAACCAUCCUCGUCCGCCACCCCAAGACAUAG